AUGUCGCUCAAGCGGGGUUCUCCCAAAGUCGAGGAUUCAGCUCAAUUUCCAUCGCUACAUCGCCGUCUCUGUGUGGUGAUCGACGAAACGAAGACAGGCCAUGAUCCCAAGGAUGCUUUUAUUGGAUGUGUCUGGUCGGAGGUAGAGGAAGAGUAUCAAAAAUUGGCAGAUGAGCUGGCAUCGGUUUGUAAGGAAGAGCUUACUCGCCGUGAUGUCCCAGCAGCAGUCGAAAGUCGCGUCAAAUCACGCGCCUCUAUCGUUAAAUCCCUCGACAGACGAGAGAUCUACCGGCAAAAGAGAGGUCAGGGAUCGUAUAAGGAUAUUCAUGAGAUCCUUCACGACUUACAUGACUUGGUUGGUAUUCGCAUUAUCGUCGACUACCUUGACCAUCUUGAGGCAGUUUCAGAGUUUGUGACUGGCACAUUCCAUCAGGAAAGAGAUCCCACUAUCUUCUCUGCCAGCCGGAAGGUGGGCCGGUCGUGGAACACCUGGUUCGGAGCUUAUGAGUGCAAAAACCACCAUGUUAGUGCCAAGUACGCUGAGGAUGACCCAUUGAGCUGUUACAACGGGAUCAUAUUCGAGACCCAGAUCACAAGUCUUCCCGCCAACUUGUAUAAUAAGAUCGCUCAUCCGCUACUUUACAAGGAAGAAGCUGGGGAGUUAUCACAGGGAGACGAGAUUGUCAUUGAUCUCACCAAAGGCCUUGCUUUCUGCUACUCGCUCUGCACCUAUUACAAGAGGCACAAGCUCGAGGGGAAAGCCAUUGACACGUACGAGAUGGAACUCAUGCAGAAACUCUCGUCAGCCUCCGAAGGACCAGAGUUUGAAUCGAGUAUAAGUUGCUUAGCAGAAAGGAUUCCAGGCGUUGCUGGAACAGAUACUAAGGGGAAAUCUAUUCCCAGGGAGACAUUGGAACUAGUCCUUAUCAGUCUUCUGAAUCAGGAUAUUCCGAACAAUAUUGGGCAAUGUCUUGUCGAUAAACUGAGACGCGAGAUCCAAGACAUCGGAAGACCUCGCAUUGAACUUCCUGCUUUUGGCAAAGCACGUUUUGAUAGUCAAGACGUCUUCCAAAGCCCAGUAUGCCAGGAAGGGACACAGGCUCGGGCUAUCGAAUACAUCCACAACUGGAUUGGAAACGGCAAGGAACCCUUGCUCUGGAUCUGUAGCCAUGCUGGAAGUGGAAAGUCUACUCUGGCAAGGACAAUAGCCAGGGACCUCACCGAAAGUGGCCAAAUUGCCGCUGGAUACUUCUUUAGGCGAGGAGCUGUGAGCCGUAACCAGAUAUCUCACGUAAUUCCCACCAUCGCGGCGCAGCUCCUAUGCUCGAUUCCUCAUUUUGAACCAUGCUUAAGAGCUUCCGUCGAUGCCUGCAAGAACGUGGACUUCGAAACUAUGCGUCUCGAUGAACAGUUCAAGGUGCUUCUCAAGAGCCCCCUCUCACAAGUGGGCCAUAUUCUUUCCACCAAAGUUAUCAUUAUCGACGCACUCGAUGAAUGUGUCGAUCUCGUUCAAGUGCAUAGGCUCAUAGAUCUUUUGGUCAGCUUGAAGCAGUUGAAUAUGGUGCAGUUUCGCCUUCUAGUCACCAGCCGCGACGAGGAUGUCAUACGUGCCGCGAUUGCACGCCAGCCACACGAGAAACUACUGCUGGCCACAACCUAUCACGACGACAACAUCAAAGACAUUGAGUUCAUCUUGAGGAUUGGCUUUCAGAGGAUCAGGAACGAGAGAGGGAUUGAGCAGACCUGGCCAACAGAAGAGCAGUUUCGUGAGGCGGUACAUCGAUCGACCAACCCAUCCCCCCUGUUCAUCUACGCUACAACCCUCCUCCGUUUCUUGGGUGAUGGGUCACGAAUCAGCAUCCCCAAAAAACGGCUGAAAAGUUGGAUUGAGACAGGGGUUGGUACAACGUUCACUACACAGCUCGACGAGAUGUACAAAACAGUCUUCAAAAGUUUGGACCCCGAUCUGGGUCCUGAAUGUUCAGAGAAUCUCAUGCACGAUGAGAAAGAUACUCUUCGAAUGAUCCUCGGUGCAAUCGCUCUUGCAGUCGAGCCAAUGUCGGCGAACUCGCUUGUCGAUAUUCUAGGAAUUGACCCAGAUUCAAUAGAGCUGGUAAAGACAUGCCGUGCCGUGUUAUACAUCCCCGAGAACGACGAUGAGCCGAUUCAGAUGCUGCACAAAUCAUUUAGUGACUUCCUGCUGAGGCAAAUUCCGCACAAUACAUGCUGGUUCAACGUUGACAAGGGGAAGCAAAAUGAGCUUCUUGCGCAAGGUUGCUUAACGCAUCUUGACAAAAGGCUGAGAGAGAAUAUUUGUGAAUUACAAGAUCCAGGAGUAUUACGAGUGGAGAUCAAGUAUAGUACAAUCCAGAGGUGCAUCCCCGAAAGCCUCCGGUACGCUUCCACGUAUUGGGUCUACCACCUAGUAAAAGCUGUUGGUACGGACCCCUUGGAUCUUUCCGUUAAAUCAUUUCUUCACAAGAAGUUUUUACAAUGGGCCGAAUGCUUGGCGCUUCUUGGUCGACUUGACAGUGCAACAUCGGCUAUCGAAGAUUUGCGAGCGACGAACAAGGUCCGUAUAAGCAUUUUUGAAAGUUGUCACAAUGUACGGAACCUGUCUGAAGAUUGGAACGCCGUUCUGCAGCAUAUACAUCUGGCAUCCGGAAGCGUCGGUGUUAGCGCCGUUGCGUUGUCCCCGGAUAGUAGGCUACUGGCUUCAUCUCAUUUUGACCCACAGGCGAAACAGGGUGCCAAUGUCUAUAUUGAACUACGGAAGACUCGGACAGGAGCCCAUGUUGCAAGACUUCCAACCCGGACCUUCGUUAAAGCUAUGUGUUGGACAAAGGAUGGAGCGAACCUCAUUUUCCUUGACCAUGAUGGAACCGUUUACAGGCAUGACUUUUUACACGACGAUCCCAUUAUCUUGCGCUCUCAGCGCUCAACAAUCCUCGGCGUUGCGGCAAUAUCACCUACUGGUGUAGUGGCCAUGGUCCAACCUAUCAGCAGGACUUAUGGAAUGCCGGAAGAUUUUGGAGUAUAUGCUUGGGACACUAUGGCCGGUCGGCCUUCACUUUUGAAGGAGGUGAAGGGUAGUGUUUCAGCCAUCGCGAUUUCCCGAGACUCAUGUCAAGUCGCUUUCGUGGCUAACGAGACCGUUACGCUGGCGAACACAAAGAUAGAGUUUCUCUCAGAUGUGGCGGAGUGUGGCCGGUCCAGUGUUCUUGCGUUCUCAUGGGAUGGAACACGGCUCUUUUUUCUGAAUCACCAAUCCUUAACUGUAUUCUCUAUCCAUGACGCCUGUACCAGGACUGUACAUACGCUACAAGGCCCUCGAUGGUCAAAAAUAUUGGUAUUUCCUGAUGAAGUGACAGUCGCAGCACUGGAUCAAAAGGACCUCUGGCUUUGGAGCACCGAAGAUAAUAGAAAAAGGCCUGAAUCAACCUUACAUGACGAGCGAGCGACUAUCGACGUGGUACUGGAAAGUUCGAUGCGAAUCGAAGAUAUCAGCAAUACAACUAUGAUCACCAUGUCACCCGAUGGUCAGUAUUUGGUAUCAGUGACUGGCAACCGCUUCUUGCUUUGGCGUUUUCCAGAGUGUAGACUCUACAAAGUUCUGGUUCCUGAUGACUCAACACCCCUGGCAUCUAAAAAGGAUUUCGAGUGUACCAUGUGCUUUUCAAGGGAUGGGACGUCAUUUGUGAUUGCGGGUAAAGCUGCUCUUGACGUGUGGGUGCUGGAACCAUGUGCGAGCCCCGAGUUUGAAUUUCCACCCACCGUCUCUAUGCCAUACACAAGCUCAUACAAUCCGCCCAAAACUAAUAUUCCAUACAUAAGGGCUAUUUGGAUGAAUAAGAAGACGAUGGCCUUUAUUCUUCGCAAUACGGUGAACAUUUGGAAUCUGCAGGAUGGCCUUCAGCACUUGAUCACUUUCAAACCACCUCGGGGUCGAUUGAUAGACGCGUUUGCAUUUGCGCCAGGGUUUGAGCUUCUAGCCAUCGCCUCCGAUUCCGUCAAUGACGAACUUUCUAUUCUCUACUGA